AUGUUUCCUUUUGUCACCCCAUCUAUCUUUGUCUGCCAGCCAACAAUCGUAGUCCCAACUAGUGGAAUUCCAACAGUAAGUACUACGACAUCUCCUUCCAUUGUACCAGAGCCAACAAAAGGCUUUGAGUCUCCAAGCACAAAGACAACAUCAGAACCAUCCUCCUCAGGACCAGGUCCCACACCCAGUUCCUCUGAAGGCACUCCAAGCCCUUCAGCUGUUAGUUCGACCCCAAGCACAGCUGGACCCACUGGGGAAGGCAGCACACUGAGCCCCAGCACAGUCGCCACAACAGCGACCUCUGGAAGUGUUCCACCCAGACCCACCCCGGGCAAGGUUGGCACCCCCGGUCCUACACCUAUUACUUCUGAAAGCACUCCGGGUCCAUCUGUUGGUUCAACCCCAAUCACAUCUGGACCCACCGGGGAAGGCAGCACACUGAGCCCCAGCACAGUCGCCACAACAGAGACCUCUGGAAGUGUUCCACCCAGACCCACCCCAGGGAAGGUUGGCACCCCCGGUCCCACACCCAGUACUUCUGAAGGCACUCCGGUUCCAUCUGUUGGGUCUACCCCAACCACGGCUGGACCCACUGGGGAAGGCAGCACUCUGAGCCCUAGCACUACCACCACCUAUGAAACUUCAGGAAGUGUUCCUCCCAGACCCACUCCAGGCAAGGUUGGCACACCAGGUCCAACACCUGGAACAUCUGCACCAUCGCCCACUACACUUUCUCCAACAAAAGUGUCUCGAACACCACCAUUUUCAUUCGAAGUGCCUACACCACUCCCCGGAGAGCCAACAAUUGUAGUGCCAACUAGUGGUAUUCCAACGGUAAGUACUACAACAUCUCCUUCCAUUGUACCAGAGCCAACAAAAGGCUUUGAGUCUCCAAGCACAAAGACAACAUCAGAACCAUCCUCCUCAGGACCAGGACCCACACCAACAACAGGCACUCCAAGCCCUUCAGCUGUUGGUUCAACCCCAAGCACAUCUGGACCCACUGGGGAAGGCAGCACUCUGAGCCCUAGCACAGUCGCCACAACAGAGACCUCUGGAAGUGUUCCACCCAGACCCACCCCGGGCAAGGUUGGCACCCCCGGUCCCACACCCAGUACUGCUGAAGGCACUCCAGUUCCAUCUGUUGGUUCGACCCCAACCACAUCUGGACCCACCGGGGAAGGUAGCACACUGAGCCCCAGCACAGUCACCACAACAGAGACCUCUGGAAGUGUUCCACCCAGACCCACCCCAGGCAAGGUUGGCACACCCGGUCCCACACCCAGUACUUCUGUACGCACUCCAGUCCCAUCUAUUGGUUCGACACCAAGCACAGCUGGACCCACUGGGGAAGGCAGCACUCUGAGCCCUAGCACAGUCGCCACAACAGAGACCUCUGGAAGUGUUCCACCCAGACCCACCCCGGGCAAGGUUGGCACCCCCAGUCCCACACCCAGUACUUCUGAAGGCACUCCGGUUCCAUCUGUUGGGUCUACCCCAACCACAUCUGGACCCACCGGGGAAGGCAGCACAGUGAGCCCUAGCACUACCACCACCUAUGAAACUUCAGGAAGUGUUCCUCCCAGACCCACUCCAGGCAAGGUUGGCACACCAGGUCCAACACCUGGAACAUCUGCACCAUCGCCCACUACACUUUCUCCAACUAAAGUGUCUCGAACACCACCAUUUUCAUUUGAGGUGCCUACACCACUUCCCGGAGAGCCAACAAUUGUAGUCCCAACUAGUGAUAUUCCAACGGUAAGUACUGCGACAUCUCCUUCCAUUGUACCAGAGCCAACAAAAGGCCUUGGGUCUCCUCAACCAAGCAUAAAGAAAACACCAGAACCAAGUUCAUUGUCUUCAAGUCCAGGACCCACGCCAACCACAGGCACUCCAAGCCCAUCGGUUGGUGGUUCUCCUGGUGCAACUCCCACAAAUACUGGUGCCACACCAACUCACAGCCACUAA